AAUCACACGAGGGUCGAACUCCACAAAAAUCUUAAAAAUCUUUGGAAUUUAACGCAUUCCAAACUUUCUUGUUGCUUCAAACAAGACCCCAACUCCCAACUUUAUCGCCUGCAUGUGAUAAAAACCCUCAAAAAUGUCAGAAACCCCCGAAAUUGACGUCCAAAAAUUAUCUCAGGACGGAAUAAAAUUAAUUGUUCAAGCAACAAAAUGCACAAACGCCAUGCCGAGCGGGCACACCCGCGAACUUUACAACUCCCAUCCUGCGUUUCGUCGAAUCAUCGCUGCCAAAAGCAAUCGCUUACUCGAACUCAUCUCAGGCGUAAUCCGCAAACAGGGCGUUCGUGGAAACAUCGUUAAUCGUCGCGACAACGAGGAAAAAUUCGAGUUACUUCAAGAAUGCAACGACGUGAUGCUUGAAAGGAUCAACAACAAUCUCGAUGACUUACUUGGGCUGCGAAAAAGUCCCGACACGAUUUUAGUUCAGGAAGAAUUUCGUCCCGUAGAGCGGAAACAAACACAGCUAAAUGGCUCUUGGAAUCGCCCGCAGCCAUUAAAAUCAGUUGGAAUUCAAUCAGCGCGAUUAUUAACGGCGCGAAAUAUUCAAAGGCCUCAAGCGAUGUUCAAAACUCCUGUUGACAACUCGACGAAUGCUUGGUGUCCUCGAAUCAAGUACAAACCGAACUCAAUAAGGCCCUUGGCGAUUUUAGCGGAAUAUGGAGAAAAUAAUAAAAUUAUUUCGUACACACAUCCGUACGAAAUGGAAUUGGAAAAGUUUGAACCUUCGGAUGACAUGUUAACGGAAAAGGCGGUUGUUGAUCCCGUACCUAUAGAAACCGGGGAUUUAGUCUAUAUCGACGACUUGGCAGAACUAAAACGCGCUUUAGCGGAAUUUCAAAUGGUGAAUGAGCUGGCGAUCGAUUUGGAACAUCACUCAUACCGCACUUUUCAAGGAAUCACGUGUCUCAUGCAAAUUUCGACACGUACCAAAGAUUAUAUUUUCGACACAAUCGCGUUACGUGAAGAACUUCACAUUUUGAACGAAGUUUUCACAAAGCCCGAUAUUUUAAAAGUCUUCCACGGAGCAGAUUCGGACAUUGAAUGGCUUCAACGUGACUUGUCGUUGUACAUUGUGAACAUGUUUGACACCCAUCAAGCCGCCAAACGUCUCGGAUUCGAACGUCUUUCACUCGCCUACCUUCUGAAGCACUUUUGCAAGAUCGAGGCAGAUAAAACGUUCCAACUCGCUGAUUGGCGAAUGAGACCCCUGCCCGAAGAACUGAUCGACUAUGCGAGACAAGACACGCAUUACUUGCUUUACAUUUACGACAACAUGCGAAAUCAGUUGGUGCGCAACAGCAACGAAGGCAACAAUUUGAUCCGGGCUGUGUACCAAGCCAGCACUGAAAUUUGCAAAAAACGCUAUUCCAAGCCGGUAAUUACGUCAGUUUCGCACAUGGAUAUUUACAGAAAGUCCAAAAAGGUCUUCGAUAAUAGGCAGUUGUACGCGUUGCAACAUUUGAACAUUUGGCGGGACAAAGUAGCGCGCGAAGAAGACGAAUCCUACGGGUUUGUGUUGCCGAAUCACAUGAUGUUACAAAUUUCGGAGGUUUUGCCGCGUGAAAUGCAAGGAAUUUUGGCGUGUUGUAACCCGUUACCGCCUUUGGUCAAGCAACAUCUUCAUAUUUUGCAUCAAAUUAUAUUGAAGGCACGCGAACAGAGCUUGGUGAAACCCAUUGAAGUGGAUGUCCAUCAAAUUAAUCGAGAAGCGGCGAUUUCCAAUCAUCGAGAUCAGGAAAAUCCGUUGUAUUGUCCUCAUGAUUUGGGACAUCACGAUGCUAAUAUGCAACUUUCAUGCUUAUUUGACAAGGAUUUGAAACGUGUUAAGGACUCUCAAGCUUCGAAAAAUUCUUUAAUAGCAAAAGAAAAGCCGAAACUCUCGAUUUUCCAAGAAAACGUCGAGGAAAUCGCAAAUCACGCGAAAGAAGCUGCAGAAAAAGUGAAAAAUUUGACAUUUAUUACGCCUUACAAGAGAUUCAAGCUAUAUGCGCCAUAUGCCGCCGAGUUACGAGCCCAAGAGGAAAAACGUCAAAAAGAAAAAGAAGCAAAUAUGAAACUUUGUCCCGAUGUCACGCCAGAUUCGAUUGCAACGAAACACAAACUCGACGAGGAUGAAGAAGACAAAGAUGCCGCCGAAGUUCGUCAAAUUAUCAAGAAACGCAAGACAGAAGUUGCUUCCGGCUACAAACCAUCCAUCAAAAUCUUCAAAGAAAACGGCAUUACCGAAGAAGAAGAGGAAAUGGCGAAAAUUAAUUCGGUCAUCGAUCAACUUGCAAACAUCAGACAAGCGAAAACGACUCCCGUUAACACGCCAAAGUCGCAAAAUCGCAAAUGGAUUAACCCAGCAUCGGCAAAUUCGACACCUGUGACGCCUAAACCGAACACGUCGAUGAAUAAAUUUGCAAAAAGUAAUCUUUCGGAAUCGGGUCCGUCGACGGAGAAGCGAAAAUUGUCAAAAAGUGAACGGAGAAAGUUGAAAACUCAACAAAGGCAACAACAAAAUACGCCAAAUAGGAAUCAGAAAAAUAACAAGACUCCAACGUCGUCGAAAAAUGCAAACCAAGGACAACAAUCGAAGCCGUUGAAUCCAAAUGAAUUUGAUUUUAAGCGAUUUGGAGGAGGAUCAAAGCCAGCAACGGACAACAAACAAUUCAAAAUUACGCAAAAGUUUAAGGGAAAGAACAAUAAUAGGAGACACAGAGGGAAUCCAAUGAAUCAGAAUUAAUUUAAAAAUUAAAAUUAUUUUUUUUUAAAUUUCGUGUGUGAAAAAUUAAAAAAAAAAUAUGAAAUAUUCGUGAAAUAAAUACAAACUUUGUAAAAUUUUAGCUUA